AUGUCUUCCGCUACUGCUAGCAGUACCACCCGAUCGUACCGCCCCCGGAGCACACGUGGUCCCCAUAUUGCAUUCAAUGGAGAUGUAUUUCAAGUCAGGAGAUCAGCCCGGCUUGCGAAAAAAGCAUUAAUGCGGGCACAACAGAAGAACAUGGUAGACGACAACGUAGAUGGAUGUAUUCAUUCUAAUGACCGCGAUCGAAGCAUCGUCGUCCGCGCCCCACAGAAAGCGAACAGACCUCGCAAAAUACGGCCUUCAAGCCCGAGAACAUCCGCUCUUGUAGACGACAUGGCCUCUGAAAGCACAAAUUCAUCCCGAGAUUCCAGCACCGAAUCUGAAUCUGAUACUGAAAGCGAACCAGACUCACAAGACGAGACUACGCAUUUAUCACCCGACAACAUGCACUUUGUAGCAGCCGAAGAGGUGGAUCGCCGCGAAAGCUACGAUAGCCGGUGUGAAGAGGGGAAUGAAGCGUAUGAGCUUGAUGGAUUUGUUGUGAGCGACGGGGAUAGCGACAGAGAAGAAGAUGUAACAGGACCAGAAGAGCAAGACAACGUAGAUGAAGACGAUGAAGACGGUGAUGAUGUACACAGAAGAAACAGUAUCUAUUCCACCUCAACAGAAUCCUCAGAAGACACACUAUUCAUCAGCGAAACAAAAAGAAAAAAGACAAAGUCACUCGCUCAUACUCAUCACUACUGGAAAACCCUAGUGCUACAGGUAAAUUCUGGUGCAUUUAGCCGACUACCGCUUAGCAAUACAGAGCCAGAGAUCAUUGCAGAACAGAUCACAGAUGCAGUCUCGCUGUUCUCGCGGCGAUGCAACAGAUUUCGGGAGCCGCUGGUGCUGGAGCUUGGCAGGCAGAUGAUGGAGGAUGAAGCCGUUUGUGAGGCGCUAGUGGCGGCGGGGAGGCUGGGGUUCGCAACGGGUGUGGAGAUGGCAGAUGGGUGUGCGGUGUGGUGGGUUGGGCCUAGAGGGGCCAGGGAGGUGGUGUAA